AUGAGCAUUAAGAUCAAUGGACCCCACAUUGAGGGCUCCUUCUGCUCGCUUAUAAACUACAGCUAUGACCCCAUCAUCAGCAUCAUAUGUGCCAUGUACAUAGUGUUUGGUAUCGUCUACACGCUUUUUGGGUACCGAUGUUUUAAAGCGAGUAUGUUUUUAACUGGCUUCACUUUCGGUUCGGCUAUCGUCUACCUCAUCUGCCUUCAGGAAUAUCUGAUGCCGCCGUAUGGCAACGUUGGCGUCGCGAUCUGUGCGGGGCUGCUCUUCGGCCUUAUCACGAUGCUGAUCCAGUACGUGGGGCUGUUUAUGACCGGCUUCCACACCGGCCUGCUGCUCGCCAUCGCCGGACUCGCCAUAUACGACCACUUCCUUGAAGCCCGCCCCAACACGUACUGGUUGUGUGUCGUCGUGCUGCUCGUGUCCGGCAUAUUCUUUGCGGUCAUCAACUUGUACUGGAAGAAAGUGCUGACGGUGUUCGGAACGAGCGUGUACGGCGGCGCGAUGAUCGCCACGUGCCUGGACUACUUCCUUGAGCGCAUGGUCAUGCUCAAGUGGGUGUGGGAGCGCGCGAAGCUGGAGCCGGCGGUGGCGCCGCCGUGCCGGCUGUCGUGGCUGGCGCUGGCGGCGUGGCCGGCCGCCGCGCUCGUGGGGCUCGUGGCGCAGGCCGCGCUCACCGCCGCCGGCACGCACCACGAGCAGAGUAUUAGCGCGCAGAAGCGGCGGCUGAAGGCGCAGGCGGCGCGGCCAGCGACGCGCGAGCAGCGCGCCGAGAUGAAGCAGCGCAAGUACCGCUACCUCUACCAGGUGCGCACCGCGCACGGGGACGUCAUCUCGCAGUCGUACGUGCAAGCGCUGCAGAAGAAGGCGCAGUGCAACAACUGGAGCGUCGGGGGCGGGGCGGCGGGCGGUGCGGGCGGCGGGGCGGCGGGCGGCGGGGAGUGCAGCACGCUGCAGAGCGACUCCACGCACCUCACCGUGCUGGCGGGCUCCGACCUGGCGCACCACACCGACUCCGACGACGACCUCAACCAGAUACGCGCCGUGCAC